AUGUAUUUUAACAAGGCUGAGCCUAGAGGUGUGAGACAAGGGGACCCCAUCUCUCCGCUUCUCUUCUUACUAGUCACCCAGAAUCUUUCAGCUAUCCUUAACCAUGCUCUUCAUCUUAAUUUUUUACCUGGCUUUGAUUCUAGUCUCACCCGUAACUUCAAUCAUCUCAUGUUCGCUGAUGAUCUUAUCCUCAUCACUAAAGCCUCUAGACAAGCUGCUCGUAACACCUUAUUUUGUAUUAAUAUGUAUUCAAAUAUCACUGGGCAAAUGCCUAACCUCAGUAAAUCGGCCAUCUAUCUUCCCAGUUGGUUCAAUAAAAGGGUUUCUAAGUCCAUUGCUUCCAUUCUUGGCAUUAAUAUUGGUAGUUUCCCCUUUACUUAUUUGGGAGCUCCUAUAUCCCCUCACCGUAUUACUGUUAGACAACUUAGUCCACUGGUUUCUAAAACCGCUACUUCCAUUGGAGCCUGGAACCACGCUCAUAUCUCCCAAGCUGGUAGAGUUGUCCUUCUCAAUUCUUGCAUCUUUUCUCUUCCAGUUUAUCUCCUAUCCAUUUUUUAUAUUCCUGACUCUAUCCUGGAAUCCUUAUCCAAGUUGGCCCGCAAUUUCCUUUGGGGUAGGCAUGGCAAGAAUCAUGGUUUCCAUUCAAUUGGAUGGCGAACGGUUACUCUAUCUAAAUCUGAGGGGGGCCUGGGCCUCCGCAACCUUAGAAAUGCCAGAAUUGCUCUCCUUGCCAAACAUGUUUUUUCAAUUAUUAACAAGGAUGAUAAACUCUGGGUCUCUAUAUUCCUUCACAAGUAUAGAAGUUGGACUAUCUGGGGCAACGCCAUGCAUUCUAAUGUUUCUGCUUUUCAUAAAGACAUUAUCAAAACUGUGAAUUGCAUCAAACCUAAUCUCCAUCUCCAGAUUUGUAAUCCCAGCUUGACUAAUGUGUGGGAUGAUCCCUGGAUCCUGGAUCUUCCCCUGAGUCGCAAGCCCACUUUUAUUAAUAUGGACAUUAUUGACAACAUUUCUAUCAACUCUUUUAUUCUUAAUGCUUCCUUCAAUAUUUCAAAUUGUUCUGAAUUGUUUGGCAAUAACCUGACUCAUGUGAUUUUAAACAACACAAGCUUUGAUAAUGUUGCAUCUAAUGAGUGGGUUUGGCGCCCCAUCUCCUCUAAGGCCUCUACUGUGGCUGCAAUUUAUGAACAUCUUAAUUCUGAUGGCCCUUCUACUGAUGCUUGGGUUGGUUGGCGCCUCAUCUGGAAGCUUAGGGUUACUCCUCGCACCAAGAUCUUUAUUUGGAAAUUGGCUCAUGGCAAGCUCCCUACGGGUGACUAUCUAUACAACAUCAAUAUUGGGCCUGCUACCACUUGCCACUUCUGUGGUCUCUCUUCGGAGACUGCGAAUCAUCUUAUUUGGCAUUGCCGUUGGGCGAUUAUGUGUUGGGACACUAUUUUCAAUUGGCUGGGGUUGAGCAACUCAUUUUUUGAUCAUCUUAGCAAUGGCUCUUGGUUAACUUGUAAUUUUAAAUGUGUCUUUAAUUCCGAUUUUGUCAGGGCCUUGAUUGCUUCGGUGGCUUUGCGUAUUUGGACCGCCAGAUGCUUCUUUAUCUUCCAUCAGACCCCUCCAAACUUUAAUCAAAUUCCAUCUAAAGCCUGGGCUGAUACUUAUGCUUUUUUCUCAGUUCAUGAUCUCUUUGGCAGGAAUUUUUCAAGUCCUUCUCAUCCGCCUCAUUUCUCUCUUAUGGUGUAUACUGAUGCUUCUUGGGAUCCUUUUUCAGGUAAGUCUGGUUUUGGGUUUCUUAUCCUCACUAACCGAAAUCUUAUUCUUCUUGCAGGUGCGGCUGGCAGUGUUUGCUCUUCUCCCCUUGAAGCUGAGCUUCGCGCCAUUCUUCUUGCUACUGAACAUUGCCAUUUAAAUGGUUGGACUCCCUGUAAACUCUUCUCCGAUUGCCGGUGUGCCAUUCAGAUGAUCAUCGAUACUUGCAACACCACUGCCUGGAGAUUCACUGACCUCAUUCAUGCCAUUAAGGACAUUACCUUUCUUUGGCCUGAUUUCUCUUGGGAGCACAUUGAUCGCGAUUUCAACACCUUUGCUGACUGCUUAGCCCAUUUUGGCAGAUCGAAUCCUGCCCUAUCUCUUUUUGCGCAAGGCCGUGAUCGGCCAAGAUGGAUCGAAGACCUUUGCUCUUCUCUUAAUUUCUCUUUUUAA